AGCAGGAGAGGAUGCAGAAGAUCUACGUGCAGAGUGAUGGGCACUUUGAGGUAUUCACCACUGUCUUCUCCCCACAAGGUAGUAGCAGCAGUCAACUACAGGCCUCAAUGGCCAGAUGAACUUCAACUCUGUCAGGGUGACAUCAUCCAAGUUCUCUUCAGAGAUGAGCCCUCGUGGUGGUUCGGGCGUCUACAGAACGGGGCAGAGGGGUACUUUCCAACCGCAUGUGUGACCAGACUGAACCAGAGUGAUGAUCAUGAGCCAGUGAAUGCCAAUCCAAGCUUGUUACAGAGUUCAUCCAAGGAUGCAGCUCCUGAUGCCCCCUGUGGCUGCACAAGCGGUCGUAGUACUCCAAAGGUCCCCAGGCAUGAGAAAGAGAGCCUCUUCCGGGCCCUAGGACACGAGGCCUCCUCAAAGUCAGGCUCGGCCCACAGCUCCCCCAGCCUGUUGCACCGUGUGUUGUCCAAGGGCCACCGGAGGAAGAUUGACGCCCAGGGACUGGGAGAUGUAAAUUGCUCCAUCAAUGUAGCAUUUGAACCUGACUGAUUGUUUAUCUCUAAGAAUUGUAUCAUGUAUGUGCAGCCCUUUAUUCUGUGUUAGUUUCCAUGGCUGUUAGGUUCAUCAAAACACAAACUUCACAAAACUGGAGCUAUUAUAGCUGUCAUAUUUUGGGGUAAUAGUGAAAUAUCAAUCAUAAGGGUGUGACAUGUUACACUACUUGUUCUGGAGUAUGUUUAUCCUCUAUUUACCAUUGAGAUUAAUGGAGUACAGCAAAGUACAUGUUCUGUCAGUCUUCUUCUCUACUGUUAAUAGCCAACUGUGACCCUUAUUUGUUAGCUGUUUUUACCCCAUUGUUAUUUGCACUGCUGCUUCACUUUAAUUUGUACAUAUUGCAUAUAUUAUAUUUGAACAAAAUACAUUGUAAUGUUACGUCAUUGUUUGCCUUCUUCAUAGUAUGAUUGAGCUUCCUGCCCACCCAGUCUUCAGGCACUCACAAGCAAAACACACUCCUCUACAGUGGGAACUUACUGCAACACAAGCUAAUAGUUUUAGCGUUUUAUUUUUACCAAACUGAGGUACAUGUGCACAAGUUGGCAGUGACUCUAUACACAGGUGACAUAAACAAUGUGCCAUAUAAA